UCAUCUACAUAAACGCUCGAUCGUUUCGGCCGAGCAUCGAUACCACUCUCCUACUUCCAAAACUCUUUCCCUUUCUCCGUCGAUCCCAUCGGAUCUCCGACUGCGGCAUGGCUCAACCCUUCGUCAAAAAGGAUGACGACCACGACGAGGAAGAGGAAUACUCUCCCUUUCAUGGUAUUGAGAAAGGGGCUGUCCUACAAGAGGCGAGAGUUUUCCACGAUCCCCAACUCGAUGCCAGAAAAUGUUCUCAGGUGAUCACUAAGCUACUGUAUUUGCUUAAUCAAGGAGAGACAUUUACAAAGGUUGAGGCAACAGGAGUCUUUUUUGCUGUUACAAAACUAUUUCAGUCUAAGGAUACUGUGCUUAGGAGGAUGGUGUAUUUGAUGAUUAAGGAACUCUCUCCAUCUGCAGAUGAGGUUAUUAUUGUCACAAGCUCUUUGAUGAAGGAUAUGAAUAGUAAGACUGAUAUGUAUAGAGCCAAUGCCAUUCGAGUCCUUUGUAGAAUUACUGAUAGCACUCUUCUUGCUCAAAUUGAGAGAUACUUAAAGCAAGCUAUUGUUGACAAAAACCCUGUUGUUUCUAGUGCGGCUCUUGUUAGUGCAGUUCACUUGCUUCAGACAAACCCAGAAAUUGUAAAGAGAUGGAGCAAUGAGGUGCAAGAAGCUGUUCAAUCAAGAGCUGCUCUUGUGCAAUUUCAUGCACUUGCACUUCUACACCAGAUUAGACAAAAUGAUCGCCUCGCUGUCACAAAGCUUGUUACUAGUUUGACUAAAGGAUCAGUGCGUUCACCUUUAGCUCAGUGCCUAUUGAUGAGAUACACUAGCCAGGUAAUUCGAGAGUCAAAUGCUAACACACAAGGAGAGCGCCCAUUUUUUGACUACCUUGAAUCUAGUCUGCGGCACAAAGCUGAGAUGGUUGUCUUUGAGGCUGCAAGAGCAAUAACAGAAUUGAGUGGUGUCACUAGUCGAGAGUUGACCCCUGCAAUCACUGUAUUGCAGUUGUUUUUGAGUUCAUCAAAACCUGUUCUUAGAUUUGCAGCUAUUAGAACACUAAAUAAGGUUGCUAAUACUCAUCCUCUAGCAGUUACAAAUUGCAACAUUGAUAUGGAGAGCCUAAUUUCAGACCAAAACAGGAGCAUUGCUACCCUUGCUAUAACUACACUUCUAAAAACUGGAAAUGAAUCAAGUGUAGAUCGCCUGAUGAAACAAAUAACAAAUUUCAUGUCAGACAUUGCAGAUGAGUUCAAGAUUGUUGUUGUAGAAGCUAUAAGAUCUUUGUGCUUGAAAUUCCCCCUUAAAUACCGUUCUCUGAUGAAUUUCUUAAGCAACAUUCUUCGGGAAGAAGGGGGCUUUGACUACAAGAAAGCAAUUGUUGAUUCGAUAGUCAUCCUUAUCAGAGAUAUACCUGAAGCAAAAGAAAUCGGCUUAUUCCACCUAUGUGAAUUCAUCGAGGACUGUGAAUUUACAUAUCUGUCUGCUCAGAUUCUUCACUUUCUUGGAAAUGAAGGCCCAAAGACUUCAGAUCCUAGUAGAUAUAUUCGCUAUAUCUAUAACCGUGUGAUACUUGAAAAUGCAACUGUCCGAGCCUGUGCUGUGAGCACCUUGGCAAAGUUUGGUGCUAUGGUAGAUUCACUAAAGCCUCGUAUAUUUGUUCUAUUGCGACGGUGCCUAUUUGAUAGUGAUGAUGAGGUCAGGGACAGAGCUACACUUUAUCUUAACACACUAGGAAGUGAUCCUUCCGCUGAAACUGAUCAGGAAGUAAAGGAAUUCUUAUUCGGUCCCCUGGAUGUGCCACUUGUCAACUUAGAAACUAGCUUGCGUAAUUAUGUGGCAUCAGAAGUACCCUUUGAUUUUGUUUCUGUUCCCAAGGAGAUCAAAUCACAACCUCUUGCUGAGAAAAAAGCUCCUGGUAAAAAGCCUGCCGGCUUAGGGGCUGCUCCCACUGCUCCCACUUCUGCCGUUGAUGGAUAUGAAAAAUUGCUUUCAUCCAUCCCCGAGUUUGCCAGCUUUGGAAAACUUUUCAAGUCAUCUGCACCUGUGGAGUUGACCGAAGCGGAGACUGAAUAUUCUGUUAAUGUGGUGAAGCACAUCUUUGAUAGUCAUGUGGUAUUCCAAUACAACUGCACAAAUACCAUUACUGAACAAUUGCUCGAGAUGGUUACUGUUUUUGUUGAUGCAUCUGAAGCAGAGGAAUUUUCAGAAGUUGCAACAAAGCCACUACGAUCCCUACCGUAUGAUUUGCCAGGACAGACUUUUGUCGCUUUUGAAAAGCCAGAAGGUGUUCCUGCUAUGGGAAAGUUCUCAAAUCUCCUGAAGUUUGUGGUUAAGGAGGUGGAUCCAGCUACAGGUGAGGCAGAGGAAGAAGGUGUUGAAGAUGAGUACCAGCUCGAAGAUCUUGAAAUUGUCGCAGCUGAUUACAUGCUGAAGGUGGGAGUCUCCAACUUCAAAAAUGCUUGGGAAAGUUUGGACCCUGAGAACGAGCGCAUUGAUGAGUAUGGCCUAGGUGUGAAAGAGAGCUUGACAGAAACCGUCAAGGCAGUUAUAGAUAUUCUCGGCAUGCAACCUUGUGAGGGAACCGAUGUUGUUCCGAGCAACUCAAGGUCACACACAUGCUUGCUCUCAGGGAUUUUCCUUGGCAAUGUGAAGGUGCUUGUUAGAGUGUCGUUUGGCAUUGAUGGGUCCAAGCAGGUUGCAAUGAAGCUGGCAGUUAGAUCUGAAGAUCUAGAGAUCAGCGAAAAGAUUCAUGAAAUUGUUUCUGAGGGUUGAAUGCAGCAAACAUUGUUUGGAUUCAUCUUUUGACAACAAAUUAUUUCACCUUCUGUUCCAAUCUUUUUUUCCCUAUACUUUUUCUUUCUUCUUCUUCCUUAGAACUUGUUCAAUUCCGGCGACUGUGGUGGUUGUCAUUUUGUUUGCUAAGAACUUGUUUUGCUCAGCCUUAAUUGUUUGAUGAAUGAAAUGUAUUCAAUUAUACCAUUCACCUUUUAUCAAACACAAGGAAUGGUGUUUAUUUGCGUUA